AUGAGCCGUAGCCGGCGGUCCUCGUUUGGCCACCAGCACUACCAGCAGCAGUUUACGGUCACGUCCACGAUCAACUACACCGACGAUGGGCUGCACGAUGGGGCCAGCCCGGGGAUGGUGGUACCGGCCGGCGGUGCCGCUGGCACCUCGUCUCCGUCGCGUUUCAGUGAGUCCUCCUACUCGAAUCUGGGCUCCCGGUUGACGGCAGCGUACGCUGCGCAGACUUCGGCGGCACCGGCAGCGGCGGCCGUAGCGUCGGCCUCUUCUUCGUCGAUCGCUUCAUCCGUAGCCGACUCGCGGUAUGGGGCGGGCGAGGAGACGGGCCCUUUGCGCCCGUGCUGUAUAUCACCGGUGGUGGCUCCGGUUCACCACUCGGACCGCUACUCGACCAGCUCGGCCCCAACGUCCAUCAUGUAUCCGGAGACACGGAACGGGCCACACCAUCGCUCGAUGUCGCCCAGUUCGAGGACACGCUAUCCGGUGCCGGAGCGGUUCCGGGAUCCACCGGCGGCCUCGACACCACCCGGCGGCCAGUCGGCAAAGGUGGACCAGUUCGGGAACUACCUGAUGACGAGCUCGGAGAGCUACAACUAUCUCACCUCGACCGUGCACACGCCCGUCAAGCGGUACAUCCCGACGCCACCGCCACCGGAAAGCUACCAGCACGAUCCGCCACCGCCCGGGCCAAGUCUGAUGGCGGGUCUGAUGGCUUCCGGUGGCGCCGGUAUCAACAUCAUCACGACGCCGGGCCACGGCCCCCCUUCGGUGGGCGGUGGGACUUCGUCGCUGAUCAAAUCACUGCCGUACCGGCUUAAGAUGAAACCGCCGGAUGGUGGUCGAGGUGGUGAGGACGGUGCCGCAGACCACUACGCGACGCCACCCCGGGCAAGGCCGGUCGUGGUUCGGCCCCCCGACCCGUGCCAACAGUCGAUCUGCUCCUUUGGCGGCGGCCGGCCAUCGGUCGGCGAGUACUCGCUGAUGCGUGCCGCAACGCCGGUCAGCAUCAUGAGCGAACCGAUGGCGGUGCUCGGUGGUCAGCACGGCUCGUCGGACGAGGAAGCGCAGUGUUAUCAGUGUACGAGCCUGCGGCACGCGACGGGCGUCCAUCAGACGACGCAAACGUCCGCCGGUGGGCCGAUCAGCCCGCAGCCCCUGUCGAUCUCGUCCGUGUCGAUGUCGGACAUGGAGCGCCAGUCGCCGCUUAGCCCACCGCCACUGUACGCACAGCCGCAACAGCCACUGCAUCACCACCACCACCACCAUCACCAUCAUCAUCACGGGCACGGGCAUCAUCAUCAUCAGCAGCACCAGUCGCAGCAGCAAGCGCAGCACUACUCCCUGGCAACGCCCGGGGCCGACGAUGGCGCGCAAUCGCUGAUCAUUGCCCAAUCGCACGCGCUCAGUAACCCAUCGAUCAUCAUCCAGUACCAGCAUCAGCAGCACAUCCAGCAGCAACACCAGCAACAGCAGCAGCAACAGCAACAGAUCCAGCAGCAACCACUCUACCAGCAGCUGCAGCAAUUGCAGCAGCAACAGUUGCAGCUACAGCACCACCAGGCGCAGCAACAGCAGCAGCAGGCUCAGCAUCACCAGCAACAGCUGCAGCAUCUGCAGCAGCUACAGCCGCGACUGCAGCCGGACUCGACGCCCUCGACGUUGCAGCGGAGCGUGCAGGCGAUCCGGCAGCAGCGGCUGUCGCACAAGCAGCGCCUGAAGGAGUACCUGCGCCGCAGCACGGCCCAGUUCUUCGGCGUCGACCAGCGGCACGACGAGUACGAGCAGCAGAAGUGGGAGGACCGCCAGAAGCGGUUUGCCGUCCGGCGGUUCGGCUCGCUGAAAGAGGAGCACCACCCGCACGAACCGGCCGAUCAGCUGCUGCACGGUGGGCUCGGUGGCGACGGUGGUGCUGCCGUGACGCACAGUGACCGACCGGACGUGCUGCCUGCCCAGAGCCAGGACGAACCGGAGACGGAGCAAAACCGGAGGCAGCGCUUCAACCCGUACUUCCGGCACGGGCUGGCCGGUGGCAGCGCUGCCGAGGAGCCGCUGGUCGAGCGGAAACCGUCCGUGUCGCGCAUGAUGCUGAACGGGGCCGUGUUCGUGGUGCAGAGCCUGCGGCAUCGGGUACCCCGCCGGCCGAAGCAGUGGUCCCGCAGCUUCGCCCCAGCCCACGUGGCACUCAACAACGACGACAACGACAUCUACGACGGGUUGACGCCGGUCCAGGACGAUGAGAUGUUCUUCGAUGUGCCGCAGGUGGUGGUGGGGCCGGCCGCUGGGGGCUCGGGGUCGGCCGGACCGGAUCAGGAGCUGGGUGUGCAGGAGGAGCCGCAUCGGCAGAUGUACCUGCUCGAGGCGGCCGCGGCGGCGGCGGCAGUGGCGGCGAGCAGUAGCAGCACCAGCAGCAGCAUGGUCAGUGGUGCCGGGGGCUGGCGUACGCGGUCCGCUGAACAGCACCACCUCCAGCAGCUGCACCAUCACCAACACCACCAGCAGCAGGACAACGGAGCACUGGCUGGUGAGCCGGGUGGUCGGAACGCCAUGUUCCAGUUCCUGUACGGGCAGCGCAUCCCCGGCACGAUCCUGGAGAGCGUGCUGGACAACUCGCGGCGCCCGUCGCGCCACUGCCUCAAGCUGUUGCGCCCGAACGCGCUCGACGAUCGGUACGACUACCGGCCGUUCUUCACGUACUGGGUCAACACGACGCAGAUCCUGGUGCUGCUGCUGACGCUCCUGUGCUACGGGGUCGGCCCGAUCGGCAUCGGGUACGAGCAGAAGAGCAGCCAGGUGCUGGUCACCAGCCUGAGCCUCCAGACGGUUCAGCACUACGAGCAACGAAACAUUUGGAUAGGGCCGCGGCGCGACGAUCUGGUACACCUGGGGUCGAAGUAUGCGCCGUGCAUGCGGCGCGAUGGCCGCGUGAUGGACCAGAUCUCGAAGACCCGGAAGCAGGAGCGGGAGACGGCCUGCUGCAUACGGAACGAUGAUUCGGGCUGCGUCCAGAGCUCCCAGGCGGACUGCUCCGUGCGCGGACUGUGGCCAACGACCAUUUCGACGUGGAAAAAGUGGUCCCCGGGUGACUCCGGACCGGGCGGGCGCAUCUCGGGCAGUGUGUGCGGGCUCGACCCGAAGUACUGCGAUGCGCCCGCGUCGAUCGCACCGCACGAGUGGCCGGACGACAUCACCAAGUGGCCUAUCUGCCGGAAGAACAAUCAGUUCACCCAGCGGUUCCGCUUCAAGGACCACACGGCCGAGCACAUGGUGUGCGAGGUGAUUGGCCACCCGUGCUGCAUGGGCAUCUCGGGCGAGUGCCGCAUCACGACGCGCGAGUACUGCGAUUUCGUGCGCGGCUACUUCCACGACGAAGCUUCUCUGUGUUCACAGGUUUCCUGCUUGAACGAUGUGUGCGGCAUGUUCCCGUUCAUCGUGACCGACCUGCCGGACCAGUUCUAUCGGCUGUUCACGUCGCUCUACAUCCACGCCGGCAUCGUUCAUCUCAUAAUCACUGUUGCCUUUCAACACGUUCUCCUCGCCGACCUGGAGCGGUUGCUGGGUUCCCUGCGGACGGCGAUCGUCUACAUUGGCUCGGGCGUGGUCGGCAACCUGACCAGUGCCAUCUUCUUACCCUACAAGCCCGAGAUUGGUCCACUUCCGUCGCUGGCGGGAACGCUGUCCUCGCUGCUCGUGCUGCUCAUCCUGUGCCACUGGCGGAACCUGAAGAAACCGCAGUACGCCAUGCUGAAGAUGCUGUUCCUCGGGUGUCUGCUGUUCGGGAUGGGCACGCUGCCCUGGCAGCAGAACUUUACCGGCCUGCUAUCGGGGCUCCUGUUCGGCAUCACCUUCACGCUCGCGCUCACCCCGUACCUCAGCUUGACCAAGUACAGCCGGAAGGGCAAGAUUAAGCUCGUGUGGACCUGCUUCGUGCUUUACUCGGUGCUGUGCGCGCUCAUGUUUCUCGUGUUCUACCUGUUCCCGACCCUGCUGUCGCUCAACUUCCUCGAGGGCAACCAGAUCGCCAGCAUCAACGACAACAACGGCGGAUCGCACGACCACUUCAACCCGUACGAUACGUUCAACUACUUUAACGCCAAAAACGGCGGUGACGGCGGCGGUUCACCCCACGGGGGCAUCAUGCUGCCGGGCGAGUCCGGCGGCGCCAGGAACGCUGGGGACGGCAGGAUCAAGGACUACGAUCGUGGUGGUGGUGGUGGUGGUGGCGGGAGCAAUCGGUACGGCGGCAACGGCGGCGGCGGCGGAGGCGGCGGAGGUGGUGGCGGCGGUGGUGCUAUUAGCAUGUCGGGGGGCACUAUAAAGGCCAUUAAUCCCAAAUACAAUAAUAUAAAUAGUAACGGUAAUCCUAACGCUAAAUCCAAUAUUCAUAGUCAUAAGAUGGUAGCUAUAUGUGAGAAGGGGCAGUGCAAUCCGCGCCCGAACGCAUGA